CAGCACUGCCAUUUCAAAACGACUUCCCUCCAAUUAUCUUCUUCCAAAGCGGAGUCAGCCAAUGCAAAUUUGAUCGAAACCCACGUCCUUCUAUGAUUGCUUUUUGUUUUUUAUGACCAGCAAUUAGCAAUACCCUGUUGCUUUAUCUACGGUUUUUCACUCCUUUUUCGUUCAAUGCAGCGUUUUCAGCUCAUCAGAGUCUCUCUUCUUGCUUCGAAAUCCUCCACCACUCUACCUCUGACCUCAAUUUCUAGAGCAAUUCCUGGAAUUACAAGGCUCAGAUCAUCAAUGGCUUCUUACUCGACUUUGUCUCAGUCAUCUAAGCUCUUGUUCCGUCAGCUUUUCGAGAAAGAAUCCUCAACCUACACUUAUCUCCUCGCUGACGUUUUACACCCCACUAAACCGGCUGUGUUGAUUGACCCAGUAGAUACGACAGUGGAUAGAGAUUUAUCCCUCAUUCAAGAAUUGGGAUUAAAGCUUAUAUAUGCCAUGAACACCCAUGUACAUGCUGAUCAUGUUACAGGGACUGGCAUCAUAAAGAGCAAAGUUCCAGAUGUAAAAUCUAUUAUUUCAAGAGCCAGUGGUGCAACAGCUGAUCUGUAUGUAGAGCAUGGUGACAAAAUCAGUUUUGGUGAUCUCUUUCUGGAGGUUCGUGCUACUCCUGGCCAUACAGUUGGUUGCGUUACCUAUGUGACAGGAGAUGCUUCUGAUCAGCCUCAACCUAGGAUGGCAUUCACCGGAGAUGCUCUGUUAAUUCGCGGAUGCGGAAGGACAGAUUUUCAGGGUGGAAGUUCAGAGCAGCUAUACAAAUCGGUGCAUUCACAGAUUUUUACAUUGCCCAAGGAUACGUUACUCUAUCCAGCUCAUGACUACAAAGGAUUCACUGUAAGCACUGUAGGGGAGGAGUUGCAAUGCAAUUCGCGCCUCACAAAGGAUGAGGAAACUUUCAAGAAUAUAAUGGCAAAUCUUAAUCUGCCAUAUCCAAAACUGAUUGACAUGGCUGUCCCUGCAAAUAUGCUUUGUGGCAUUCAAUCAGAAGCAACCUGAGCAUUUGGAAGCUUCAUUUGGCUGUCUCCUAGGGAAGUAUGGUAAAUUAUAAAACAAAAAUAAAAUGAAUGUUGUGGAUCUUGGAAAUGUUUGAUGCAGUCUGUAAAAUUAAACUGCAAAUAUCUUAUUUUAAUGAUUUUACUUAUUUUUCUGUCAUGAUUAGUUAGCAGUGUUGAGGUUUCUUUCUUUCUUUCUGGGUCUUCUUUUCUGUUAGAAACUAAGUUUUAGAAAUAAUUGGUUGAUCAUGUAAAUAUUUACUCCUCUGGUCCUAUUUAUAGGGCAGAGAGAGAAGAAAGAAUUUGGUCCUAUUUAUAUAACACUUGUCAAUUUUCAAUA